AUGACACUGGCAAACACUUUGAGACUAUUUAAAGUAGCGUCUAUUCGCUACGCUAGUUCUCAUGCGCAGUUAAGAUACUGCGAACUAUCCAACAAGAGCUUCCUGCACAUCAGAGGACCAGAUGCAGCGAAGUUUCUCAAUGGACUUGUUACUUCAAAGAUGCUACCUACAUAUGUCAAAAAAAAUCUCACUACCAUAGAGGUAGAAGACCAUGAGCCUUCUGAGUUCGUUGCUGUCAAGGAUUUUGAUACUCAUCGCGGCAACUGGGGCAUUUUUAAGGAAAUUGGCGCCAAUGGCCCUUACAUCUCAAGAUUCGCUGCGUAUACCGCUUUACUUAAUAGUAAAGGCAAACUUAUGACUGAUGCAAUUAUUUAUCCCACACCACUGUUGAUAGACACAGUAGAAUCACGAAAGUACCCUGAGUAUCUGAUCGAAGUUGACAGCGCCAUCGGUGAUCAAUUAGACCAUAUUUUUGAGUCGCACACAUUGGUAAGCAAAGUCAAAAGUAAAAUGGAACCCGCAGGGAAGCUGAAGUCCUGGUAUUUAUCAGUUAGUUUUCCUGCUGGAAUAUCAGACGAAAACCCGUGGCUACCGAAUCUUAUAACUCCGAUGGAAACUGUCAAAGCUCCCGAAAUCGCUUUAGAUUACACUCGUCAUUUGUUGACGACAUUCUUCCAGCACCACGAACACGAAGUGCUGGGCCUUUUUAUUGAUCCGAGAAGCACACAUUUACUUUAUGACAGCCCAGAAAAUCCACUAAUCUUUCGGGUUAUUACCACCUCAAGUGUCGCUGACAUCAGCGACAUUUUCAAUGCGCCAGAACUUCCCUUUGGGUUUGAUAUUCAAAAGGUUACGGACGUAGACGUAAGGAGUGAAAGAUACACACACGGAUAUGUGGACGGUCUUGCUGAUUUCAAACAAGAAACUGUUUUGCCGUUGGAGUUGAAUUUCGAUUUCAUACCAAACGCUGUCAGUUUCGACAAAGGUUGUUAUGUGGGUCAAGAGCUCACCGCGCGUACAUUUUCCACCGGCGUACUUCGAAAAAGAGCUGUUCCUGUGGUGUUAGAAAACUGGGAACUGCUUGAGGGCUUAGAAACUGGCAAAUAUCUCCAAAUCUGGGACGACAAUGAUGCGGCCGUGUCGCCGUCUGUCUCGGGAUCGUCCGGGCCAUUUGCAACCACUACUUUGAACCGGAAACGACGGAGGCCCGUCGGUUCCUUGCUGUGCUACGAAGCGGAACGCGGGGUGGCAAUCCUGCGAAACGAGCAAUUUCAGGAAGCCUUUGAACUCGAGAAACCUCCAAACUUGUACAUUGAGGCUGGAACUUCUCUUUCCAGAGUUUCUGUGAUCCCUCAAAAACCCUCAUGGUUCGAGGAUUGGAGAGAAGAUUCAAAUGCUGGCUAA